AUGGCGACUAGGGGCACCGGUGGGAUAGCGGCCGUGCGGUGCGCCGGAAGGAUCGGGGUCGUGGCCUCAGUCGCCAUGAACCUUGCUUGGAUAGCGAUGUACAUCCGACGCCGCUACUUCGGCGGCGGCAGCCGAUCUGACAACAACGGCGGCGUCACCACGGUGGAGCCGUCGAAAGGAAAACCACCGGUCACUGAGGACUCCAUAGUAAACCUCGACCAUGGCGACCCGACGAUGUACGAGGAGUUCUGGCGCGGGAUAGGAGAUAGCGCCUCCAUCUUCAUCCCAGGUUGGCAAACAAUGAGCUACUUCUCCGACCUCGGCGGCAUCUGUUGGUUCGUGGAGCCUGGCUUCGAGCGCGAGGUGCGGCGUCUCCACCGGCUCGUGGGAAAUGCCAUGGUUGACGGGUACCAUGUGCUCGUCGGGACCGGAUCCACGCAGCUCUUCCAGGCCGUGCUGUACGCGCUCUCACCUGCAAGCGAUGGCACGCCCAUGAACGUCGUAUCACCGGCACCUUACUACUCGUCUUACCCAUCUGUGACGAACUUUCUGAACUCUGGGCUUUACCGUUGGGGUGGUGAUGCCAAUACAUUCGAUGGUGACACCUGUAUUGAGCUCAUCUGCUCGCCAAACAACCCUGAUGGUGGCAUCCGAAGAGCUGUCGUCAAAUCCAAGUAUAGCAAGGCUGUUUAUGACUUCGCCUACUACUGGCCACAGUACACACCCAUCACCGAGGCAGCUGACCAUGAUAUCAUGUUAUUCACUGUCUCCAAAUGCACUGGCCAUGCCGGCACUAGACUGGGGUGGGCACUGGUGAAGGAUACUGAGGUGGCCCAGAAAAUGAUUAAGUUUAUAGAGCUCAACACAAUUGGUGUAUCCAAGGACUCUCAACUUCGUGCCGCUAAGAUUAUUGGGGCAGUCUGUAACAGCUAUGAGCUAUCAUCCGCUGGUAAAACAAGCCACCUCUUCCAUUUUGCUAAGGAAAAAAUGGCGGAACGUUGGAUUAGACUUCGUGCAGCUGUGGCGGCCUCAGACAUCUUUGCUCUCCCAAAUGAGCUAUCUGGCUAUUGUAGUUUCUCCAUGGAGACCAUCACCGCCAAUCCUCCAUUUGCAUGGCUUCACUGCAAGAAGGAUGAUAUUGAAGAUUUGGAGGGCUUUCUACGCCUGAAAAAGAUAAUCACUCGAGGUGGCACAAAGUUUGGAGUGGAUGGGAGGGUUGUCAGGGUUAGUAUGGUUGACACAGACCAAGCCUUCAAUGUGUUCAUCUAUCGUCUGGCUACAAUGAAUUGA